AUGGAGAACAAAUAUGAUGGCACACAAAAUCGUCUUGAGUCCACUCUUCAUUUUGAGUAUAAUUUGGCACCCGUCCAAGAUUCUGACCAGACCAAUGAGAAGAACAAGUCAUCUAAUCUUUGUGUGAUAUAUAUCCCAGACCUGCACCUUCAGAAGGAGGAUGACUUGGGCAUAUUGAAGCAAUGUAUUGACAAUUCUUUUUGCUUCAUGCGCUGUCAUCUUCGAGUUCUGGGACCACCGUCAGGGGUUCAGGAAUGUCCCUCUCUCCUGCAAGAUAAGGAUCCUUCUCACAUGCAUCUUGUCAGUUUGGCAGUAAAGACCCUUCAGAAGCUGAUGGACUACAGCAGACCUGCUGUUUCCCUGUUUAAAGAUUUGGGUGGUGUAGAGCUUUUGUCUCAGAGGUUACACGUGGAGGUGCAGCGUGUUGUUGGUGUUGCUGACAGUCUUACUUCAGUGAUUGCUAGUGAUACAUUGAAAUUGGAAGAUGACCAUUUCUACUCACAGAAGCUGCCGAUUAAGGCUUUGCUCAAGGCAUUAGGUUCUGCUACAUAUUCUCCUGCAAAUCCUGCUUGCUUUCAAAGUUCCAAUGAUAACUCUUUGCCCAUGUCACUUUCCUUUAUAUUCCAGAAUGUUGGCAAGUUUGCUGGUGAUAUUUACAUCUCGUCAGUUACUGUUACGAUGUCGGGUCCGAAGCGCUGCCUUGGUGACAUGAUCGCAGUGGCCGACGUGGCUAUGGCGGAGCUCGAGGCCACAAAGCGCGUGCGGGAGGUAGUGGAGACGGAGCUGCAUGGGGGCUAG